CGGCGGGCGGCGGCCAUGAGGCUGCGGGCGCGCGGUCCCCGGGCCGCCCCCGGCUCCAGCGCCGCCUCCAGCGUGGGGGCCGGCGACGUGCGGCGGCUGGCGCCCCCGGGGCGGAACCCCUUCGUGCACGAGCUGCGCCUCAGCGCCCUGCGGAAGGCCCAGGUCGCGCUCAUGACGCUGACGCUCUUCCCCUUGCGGCUGCUGCUCGUCGUGGCCAUGAUGCUGCUCGCGUGGCCCUUUACAUUCUUCGCGUCGCUGCGCUCCGUGGACGGGGACCCCGAGCAGCCCCCAGCCGCCUGGCGCAAGGUAGUGGACUUCCUGCUCAAGGCCAUCAUGCGCACCAUGUGGUUUUCCGGAGGCUUCCACUGGGUGGUCAUGAAGGGUCAGCAGGCCUCUCCGUCAGAGGCCGCCAUCCUCACGCUGGCUCCACACUCCUCCUACUUCGAUGCCAUUGCCGUCACCCUGACGAUGUCGUCCAUCGUAAUGAAGGCGGAGAGCAGAGACAUCCCAAUAUGGGGAACUCUGAUAAAGUACAUCCGGCCGGUGUUCGUGUCUCGGUCUGACCAGGACUCCCGCAGGAAGACCGUGGAGGAGAUCAGGAGGCGCGCACAGUCCAAUGGAAAGUGGCCACAGAUAAUGAUUUUUCCAGAAGGAACGUGUACCAACAGGACCUGCCUCAUUACCUUCAAGCCCGGCGCCUUCAUCCCGGGGGUCCCCGUGCAGCCCGUGGUUCUGCGGUACCCAAACGAACUGGACACCAUCACGUGGACGUGGCAAGGACCCAGCGCGUUGGAGACCCUGUGGCUCACACUGUGUCAGUUUCACAAUCGUGUGGAAAUCGAGUUCCUGCCUGUGUACAGCCCGUCGGAGGAGGAGAAGAAGGACCCUGCGCUGUACGCCAGCAACGUGCGGCGCGUCAUGGCCGAGGCUCUGGGCAUCUCCGUAACCGACUACACAUUUGAGGACUGCCAGCUGGCCCUGGCGGAAGGACAGCUCCGGCUUCCCGCGGACACCUGCCUUCUCGAAUUCGCCAGGCUGGUGAGGCGCCUGGGGUUAAAGCCAGAAACGCUUGAGAAAGAUCUGGCUAGAUAUUCUGAAAGCGCCAGGACACAGAGGGGAGGACGGUUGGGCCUCCCUGAGUUCGCGGAGUACCUGGGCGUCCCGGUCUCAGACACGCUGGAAGACAUGUUCUCCCUGUUUGAUGAGAGCGGAGAAGGCAGGAUGGACCCUCGGGAGUACGUGGUCGCCCUGUCUGUUGUCUGCCGUCCUGCCCGGACUCUGGACACCAUCCAGCUGGCAUUCAAGAUGUACGGGUCACAGGACGGUGACAUCGAUGAGGACGCCCUGUCCAGCAUCCUCAAGACUGCCCUAGGGGUGGCAGAGCUCAGCGUGACCAACCUCUUCCAGGCCAUUGACCAGGAGGGGACGGGGCGGAUCACAUUUGCGGAUUUCUGCAGUUUUGCAGAAACGUUCCCCAACUUCGCAGAGGAGUACCUAUACCCCAAGCAGACACACUCGGACGGCAGCGCACAGACGCCACUAGCUCCAACCCCCAAUGGCUUCUGCGCGGACUUCAGCCCCGAAAACUCGGACUUUGGAAGGAAACCUUCCCGUGAGAAACUGGACUAGGACAGAAGGCUCUGGAGAGAUGUGGCUCUGUGCGUGUGCCGGCCUCGGCCCGAGUUCCAC